AUGCGACUCAAUCCUGAAAAGUGCGUGUUUGGAGUCACCGGAGGGAAGUGCCUUGGCUUCCUCGUUGACGAGAGAGGAAUAGAAGCAAACCCCGACAAGAUCCAGGCGAUCCAAGACAUGAAGUCACCUAGAUCCGUAAAAGAAGUCCAAAAACUAACAGAAUGCAUAGCUGCCUUGGGGAGAUUUCUAUCAAAGUCCGCGUACAGAUGCUCGCCCUUCUUCAAAACCCUCAAGCAAAGCAAGUUUGAAUGGACGAGAGAAGCCGAAGAAUCCUUCCAGCAGUUAAAAGAGCACUUGUCCUCUUUGCCAAAACUAGUUUCGCCAUUCAACGGGGAGAAGCUGGUCUUAUAUGUCUCGGUCUCCGAAUAUUCCCUAUCAGGAGUAUUAAUCGCCGAAAGAGAAAAGAAGCAAUUCCCUGUAUAUUAUGUAAGUCACGCCUUUCGAGGAUCCGAGGGGAACUACAGCGAAGUAGAGAACACUAGUGGAAAAAAUCUGACGCUUAUGGUUAAGAUGAAACUUGUGGGGCAAUAUUCAUUCCAUACGGCUUCCGUUCUUCAAGAACUUGACCCUGUAAACAAUCACCAAACAUUACGUUUGUGUGCAAUCAAAGCCCAAGCUCUGGCCGACUUCAUUGCCGAAAGCCCUAUCCCCCAUCAUCCUGAACCUAAUCAAGAAUGGAGGUUGUAUGUAGAUGGAUCCUCAACACAAUCAGCAAGCGGAGCUGGGCUGUUGAUCGUGUCUUCUGCCGGGGUCCUUAUGGAAAGAGCGGUCAGAUUCGAGUUCGCGGCUUCUAACAAUGAGGCAGAAUACGAAGCAUUACUCAUGGGGCUCAAAAUCUGCUAUGAGGCAGGGGCUAAAAUAUUAUCCACUUUCUCUGAAUCCCAGCUAAUAGUCGGACAAGUGAAUGGGGAAUUCGAAGCCAAAGAUGAUAGCAUGAAGAUGUACUUGCAACAAGUAAGAGAACUUGUCAAGAAAUUCGACAAGUUCACAUUGAUCCACAUCCCAAGAUCUCAAAACGCACAAGCCGAUUCCCUGGCAAAGCUCGCCAGCUCAGCUGAAACAUCCGCGGCUCGCGAAAUUAUCUGGGAAGUACUUCCCAACCCCAGUAUCAACUUCAUGGUUAACACCAUUGAUAGAUCGGUAAUGUGGAUGGAGCCAUACAUCAAAUAUCUGCAAAAUCAGACGCUCCCCCAAGAUGAGAAUCAGGCAAAAUUGCUUCAAAAGAAGGCCAGAUGGGAGUACGAACUGUCAUUGGCAAAGUCCUCAGAAGCGGAUAUUAUUGGCCCCUCGCUCAGGAGUGACGCGAAAGCACUUAUCCAACGAUGUCUCGAAUGCCAGUACCACUCAAAGAUAAGAAGGAAACCGUCUAACUACUUGUCAACCAUGCAAGCCGUCCUGCCUUUCGAUAAGUGGGGUAUAGAUCUCCUUGGCCCCUUCCCACCGGCAAAGGGGCAAUGCAAAUUCAUUAUUGUGGCUAUUGAUUAUUUCACCAAGUACGUGGAAGCAGAGGCCCUUAGCUCAAUCACAGACAAACAAGUCUGUCAAUUCAUAUGGCAAAAUAUCAUCACGAGAUACGGUAUUCCUCGUGUGCUUAUUACCGACAAUGGGAGACAAUUUGUCAGUAAGAACACAAUAGAAUACUGCGACAGGUUCGACAUUCAAAUCCGAUUCAGUUCAGUAUCUCGACCGCAAACCAAUGGCCAAGUUGAAUCAGCAAACAAGGAGAUUUUGAACGGCAUCAAAAAGAAAACAGAAGAGGUUAAAGGUACUUGGGAUGAAGAACUACCUGGCAUCCUAUGGGCAAGCCAAACAACCGUCAAAGAGGCAACAGGGCAUACCCCAUUUUCCUUGGUCAAAACUAAACGCAUUCAAGUUGGCGACUUCGUCCUCCGCAAAGUUGAGGCCACGGGAAAAAUCGUAGAUAAAGGAAAACUAGGGGCCAACUGGGAUGGCCCGUUCAAAAUCAUCCGCGUCAUCAAACCAAGGACAUUCGAACUAGAAGACAUGAAAGGGAAGAAACUACCCCGUCUAUGGAAUGGAGAUCACUUAAAGAAGUACUUCAUUGAAUAA